CGACAAAUCCCGUCACCCUUGGCGGCACUGCAUGUAAUAAACACUGCCUCCCCCGCAUUCCCUGCGCAUCGGAGCCGAGGCACUCAGCGCGCCCCUCAUAUCCGAAGCCUCCCUACGAGGGCGCUCGAAGCCCUAUAUUAUCACCUAGUAGGGCGCAUCCGUCUCUUAGUAAUAAUUACAGUCACUACAGUCGCAUAUCUCCUUAGCGGUCGCUUUCGCCAAACGAGUCGUGCUAGGUAGGCAUCACCCUCGUCUCCCCAUGGCGCAGCAGGUCGACGUAGUAAUCUGCGGCGGGGGCUCGGCCGGCCUUUGCGCGGGCGUCUGGCUCGCCCGCUGCGGCGUCAGCUUCCAGAUCCUCGAGCGCGGUACCGGGCCGCUAGAGAACGGCCAGGCGGAUGGGGUGCAAUGUCGGACGGUGGAGUUGUUCGAGAGCUUCGGGCUCGCCGACGCGCUCCUCAAAGAGGCCUACCACGUCACUGAGAUCACGCUCUGGGCGCCUGAUAGCGAGCGCCGCGGCGGCAUCCGGCGCACGCAUUUCACGUCCGACAAGCAGCGAGGCUUGAGCCACCAGCCGCACGUCACCCUGAACCAGGCCGCGAUCAACAGGAUCCUGACCGACGAGAUGGAGCACGCUUCUGGCCGCCCCUGCGUCGAGUACGGCUGCGAGGUUCUGGGUGUCGAGGUAGAUGGCGAGACUGCGCGGGAUCCCGAUCAGCACUGCGUUACUGUCAGAGCGUCUAAAGACGGGGUAGAGCGACUGUAUCGUGCGAAAUACGUCCUGGGGAGCGAUGGAGCGCAUAGCAUUGUCCGGAAGUCCCUCGGAUUCCAGAUGGUCGGCGACACGACCGACGCUGUAUGGGGGGUGAUGGACAUCUACCCGCGAACAAGCUUUCCGGACAUCCGUAGGAAGGUUAUGGUGAAUUCCGAGGCGGGGAACGCACUAAUCAUACCUCGCGAGGGGGACUACAUGAUCCGGAUCUACAUAGAGUUAAAAGGCGCGGCCGGAAAGGAUGUCACACUGGACGAGAUCAUGCGGCGGGCGCGCCUCAUCCUGAGCCCGUACACGCUCGAGGCCGCCGAGACGGUCUGGUGGUCGGCGUACUCGAUCGGCCAGCGCCUCGCAGACAAGUUCCACCAGGACUACCGCGUCUUCCUCGGCGGCGACGCGUGCCACACGCACUCGCCCAAGGCCGGCCAGGGCAUGAACGUCAGCAUCCAGGACGGCUACAACAUCGGCUGGAAGCUCGCCGCCGUGCUCCGCGGCCGGGCCGGGCCCGAGAUCCUCGAGACGUACGUCUCCGAGCGCCAGAAGGUCGCCGCCGACCUGAUCGACUUCGACCGCAGGUGGUCCCGGCUUUUCUCGUCGACCUACCGGCGCGAAAACGGCGUCACGUCGGAGCAGGUACACGCCCAGACCGUGCUCCACGCCAGGUUCACCUCGGGCAUGGCGACCCGGUACGAGGACUCGUCGAUCGUCUCGGCGGCCGCCAGCGAGGCCGCCCUCGCCGCCAACAUAACGGUCGGGAUGCGGUUCCCGAGCGCCGAGGUGAUACGGCAUUGCGACGCGCGCGAGACGAGGAUGGUCUUGGCCAUGCCAGCCGAUUCGCGGUGGCACGUGGUUGUCUUUGCCGGCGACAUCCGGGAGCGCGAUGCUCUGGAGCGGCUGCGAAAUUUUUCAAUCGGCCUCGAGAGUGUCAUCGACGCCGUCACGCCGCCCGACGCCGACCGCGACACCGUCGUCAACCCCUUGCUUAUCCUCUCCUCCGGGCACACCGAGACCGAGCUGGACCAGGUCCCGCCCGUCUUCACGCCUACCGUUUCCAAGUGGAGAAUCAAGUCUUUGCUCAAGGUCUUCGUGGAUGAGGAAGGCUACCACUCCCCCCACGGCCACGCAUACGAUAUAUACGGCAUAGACCCGGGCCGAGGUGCGGUCGUGAUAGUCCGUCCAGACCACUACAUCUCCAAAAUAUGCUCGUUGGCCGACAUCGGCGCCGUCAAGGAUUUCUUCUUCGGGUUCAUGAAGCGGAUAGAAGAGUAGGGCUGCCCGUCUACCACGCGUGAUAUUACCCUGGGAUGAUGGUUAUUAGAGGGCAUUAUUAUUACGUAUCGGAUGUAAUUAAUAUUCGUGUUGAGCCGGUCAGUGAGAGCAACGUUUGUGUAUUAUACGCAAUCACGAAACAUGUAUCUAAAGUAACUAGGCGAGGAAACAAGACUCCGGCCUACGUGCGAGAACCAAUCAACGCCAAUACAUAUGACUGAGAAAGAAGAAGAAGAAGAAGGAAACCCCCCAGCACCUCAGGAGUUGACCUCGGCGAACCAGGUCCUCAGCAGCCCCGCCAGAGCGCCGGGCAGGUCCUCCAGAUUGUGCACGAUGAGGUAGUAUUGGAAGGGGAACGUGUCGAGAUAGUACUCGGUCUUGAUCUCCUCGUUACCCAGGAAGCGCACCUUCUUGAGGUUCACGACGCUCUGCGGCUGGUGGUGCUCGCCGUUCGUGCCCGACCUCGACGUGGUGUCGUCCAUGAUGAUGAAGACGAGCAUGAUGCGCUCCUCGGCCGCCUCGCGCAGGAGCAGGCGUAUGCGCUCGUGGGCGGCCGAGGGCGUGAGGCCGUCCGACAGGACGAGCGCGAGCUGCCAGAGGUC